AUGACUACCAAAGUGUCGUUUGCUGACAAUAAUGAUCCAAGAAGCAUUUACAAUGUCAUUGAUGGAAAUGAACCCUGGGCCGGAAGAAUGCUUUUUACAGGCCCUGAUGCUAACAGGGACCACAGGGUGACAGUAGAACAGGAACACAGACAUAUAGGUAUCGGGACUAUGUCUGCCGAGGGCACGGGCGAGGCGGAUUACAUUUGGAGGGCGGGCGCCCAGACUCCCCACCCUAGACCUCGCUCACGGAUGGUUGGUGAGGUGGGCUGGGGCGUUCCCUGUAUGACUGACUGGAAGAUGCCUCGUUCUGGCAGGCAGGUCGUGUUGGGAGAAUUUAGGCAGGAAUGUGAAGAUCGUUACUCCCAUCUUUAUCAAAACCCCUGGUACCCCGGACCAAGGGAUGACGUCACACCUGGGUCGGACGCCUCUUUGGUGAUGAACGUGUACAGGCCGAGAACUACAGCCGGGAACACUCGCUCAGGUAGUAGUCGGCCACGGCCACUAAAUAGCCCCUACAGCCAGACACCAGUUACCAAAGGGCGGCCAUCAUACGAUAUACUUAGGGUUACCCAUACAGGCAACAUGGACGCUCAGCCGAGUAGUUCGGACCAGGAUACGUCCACCACAGAGUGAAAAUAACCAAUGACACGAAGAAGUGGAAUGAGGAUCUGGGACAUUUUGAAAAGGAAUGGUGCUUUUAGCAUUUUAGUCUGGACGCGGU